AUGGGCUCCAGGCCAAACCCCAGCCUCCACCGCGCUCUUCCUCACUCUCUCUCUCCUCUCCUACCUCUCUCUCACCUUCCUCCUCACCCGCCUCCCGCUCUCCCCCAUCAACCCUGCCCUCCUCAAACCAAUCACAGCCGUCCACAACCUCCUCCUCUUCCUCCUCUCCCUCAUGAUGGCCGUUGGAUGCACCCUCUCGAUCCUCUCCCCCGACACCCCAAGCCUAGACUGGAUCCUCUGCUUCCCACCCCACAUUUCCCCAACUGGGCCCCACUUCUUCUGGGCCUACAUCUUCUACCUCUCAAAAAUCCUCGAAUUCCUCGACACCCUCUUCAUCAUCCUGAGUGGCUCCAUCCAACGGCUGACCUUCCUCCACGUGUACCACCACGCGACCGUGCUGGUCAUGUGCUACCUGUGGCUGCGCACGUGCCAGUCCUUGUUCCCGGUGGCGCUCGUGACCAACGCGUCGGUGCACGUGCUCAUGUACGGAUACUAUUUCCUGUGCGCGGUUGGGAUCCGACCCAAGUGGAAGCGGGUGGUGACGGACUGCCAGAUCGUGCAGUUUUUGUUCAGCUUCGCGGUGUCGGGUCGGAUGCUGUACCUGCAUUUCUCCGGGUCGGGUUGCUCCGGGAUUUGGGGCUGGUGCUUCAAUGCGGUCUUCAAUGCCUCUCUUUUGGCUCUUUUCGUUGA